AUGGGGACUCACGAGUCCGGUCCGAGUUACUUGGAGGAUGCUGAUGGCUCCGAUGGGGUGACUCGCAUAUCGGUUAUUGCUGAAAACCCUGAAUCUCUUGGAGAUAGGGUUUUGGAGAAAUGGGGUUGUGAUCUUCCAUUUCGUUACAUUAAUGUGAUCAGUAUUAAGGGAUUUAAAGAGUGUGCCGCGGCUUUUGGUGCUACUGGAGCUGCGCUUGGAGCUGUACCUACUGCUGCUUUUGCCUGGAAAUACUCCAAGAGUCCACAUGGUACUGCACUGUCCUUCUUAGGAGGAGGUCUUUUUGGUUGGACCUUUGGUCAAGAAGUCGCUAACCAUACGAUGCAACUGUAUAAGCUGGAGACAAUGGCUGCUCAAGUUAAGUUCAUGGAAUGGUGGGAUCGUAAGUCUCGAGGAAGGUCGUGA